UCGAACAUGAACCAGAAAAGAAAAUUCUCGGGGUCAAAUGGAACACUGAAACAGACGAACUUACAUUCGCAGUUGCACCUGUUGAAGAUGUAACCUACACACGACGAGGACUCCUCAGUAAGUUAGCCGGUGUAUUUGACCCCCUUGGGUUAGCUUCGCCAUUCAUCAUCAAGGCAAAGAUCCUAACACAACAGUUGUGUCUACUCGGCCUCGAUUGGGAUGACCCCAUUCCUAAUUCCCACCUGACCAAAUGGAAAACUUGGUUGCAAAGACUGCCGGAGCUAGAGCGAGUGAGUGUACCACGAUGCAUACAACCUAAGAAGAAAAACGUGAUUGAAUCAGAGCUUCAUACGUUUUGUGAUGCCUCGGAGGAAGCCUUUGCAACCGUGGUCUACUUGAGAAGCAUUUACGACGAUGACGACAUACGGUGCUCCUUCCUGAUGGCCAAAACAAAAGUAGCUCCAAAGAAAGCUUUGAGUGUAGCAAGACUUGAAUUGCAAGCUGCUCUUCUAGGUGCCCGCCUGGCAAAUUAUGUUAAAGAAGCUAUGACACGACACAUCGAUCGCGUCUUCUUUUGGACGGACAGUAAAUGUGCUAUCGGUUGGAUACGGUCUACCGCAGUCUGGUACAAACCAUUCAUUGCGCACCGAGUUGGUGAGAUCCAAACCCUGACAGACCCGAAGUCUUGGCGCCACGUACCUGGCAAACUGAAUGUGAGCGAUUGUGCUACCCGUUCGAGAUUCGAUGAGCGAUCGGAAUUGAUCCCUGUUCGUUGGUUCACAGCUCCAGAUUUCCUUUAUCAAGGUGAAGAUAAUUGGCCAAAGGAAAUUCCUGUUGAGGAACUACAGCAACACGAAGAAAUCAAACCAAGCAAAGUAUUCGUUGCCAAAUCCAAUCCUGAGCGUGUUCCCGUCUAUGCUGACGUCGAUUUAGAACGACUUUCUUCUUUGUGGAAAGCACAGCGAGUGGCAGCACAAGUUCAUCGCUUUUUCAAUAUAUGUAAAGGAAAGAAACAGCAGAGUGGUGUCCUAACUGUAGAGGAAUUACGAGUCGGACUGACCGCCCUAGUACGGCAAUGUCAACGAGAAGCAUUCCCCGACGAGCUCCAAUCCUUGAAAAGAACCAAAAGUGUCAGCAAACGAUCGAAGUUGUUAUCAUUUACUCCCUACCUUGACGAAAGUAACGUAAUCCGCGUUGGAGGAAGACUUGACCGUGCUCGAUUACCCUACGAAAUACGACACCCGAUCCUCUUGCCUCAGAAACACCGUUUGACCGAACUGAUUGUCCAGAGCUAUCAUCGUUCAGAAAACCACGGAGGAACUGAUCACGUUUUGGCUGCAGUUCGUCAAAAGUUCUGGAUAAUUCGUGGACGACAGGAAGUCAAGAGUUUCAAAAGAAAGUGCACCGAGUGUAAGAAAGAACGAGCGAAGCCUGGCAGUCAGCUUCUAAGUGAACUUCCUAUUGAAAGAAUAACUGCCAUGCAACCAGCAUUUUACCAUACUUCUGUGGACUAUUUCGGGCCAAUCGAAGUUAAGUUGACUCGCAACACGACGGCGAAAAGAUACGGCGCCCUGUUUACAUGCAUGACGACCCGAUGUGUUCAUUUGGAAGUCGCAGAAUCGUUGUCCACCCCUGAUUUUCUGCAAGUCCUUCAUAAUAUGAUUGCGAGACGCGGAGAGCCAAGAACCAUCUACAGUGACAAUGGCACAAACUUCGUCGGCGCAGUAUCUGAAUUGAAAUCGCUGGUCAGAGAAUUGAAUCAUAGUGAAGAACUCCAAAACCGCCUAGCUAGAAUUGGAGAAGGGAUCACCUGGAAGUUUCAGCCACCCGCAAGUCCUCACUGGGGAGGAGUACACGAGAGUUUAGUUAAGUCAGUCAAGACAGCACUUAACCGUACCCUGAAUCCAAAAGGAGGACCGAAGAUAAGUAACCCUACAGAUUUGCAGUUGUCUGCCCUAUUUGCGGAAGUCGAGCGAUUCGUCAAUUCACGACCGAUAACCUACGUCAGCAACGACCCUGAAGACAUAGAGGCUUUGACACCUUACCACUUUUGGUUACACCGACGCUCGCCAGUUGUCCCACUCGGAGAGUAUAGCCGACCAAACUUGCAAGAUCGUUUCAAACGGACUCAGCACUUAGCAAAUCUCGUGUGGCAGCAGUGGGUGAAGCUCUACCUACCUAACCUCAUCUCUCGGAAGAAGUGGCGUAAAGAGGAAAGGAACAUUUCAGUUAAUGACGUUGUUCUUAUAGCCGAUCCGGGUGUUUUACGUGGUGAGUGGAAGUUAGGACGAGUCGUUGAAACAUGCCCUGGAAAAGACGGACGAGUUCGAGCUGCUAAAGUGAAGACCAACAAUGGCGUUUACACUAGACCUGUUACAAAAUUAUGUCUUCUCGAACAGGACUGCGGGUACGAUCGUCGCCCCGAAGAAAUCGAGACGAACGAUGGGGAGGAGUGAUGGACAGGCGUUCGGAAACUCUAUAUGAAGUACGUGCUUACCAUAUCGCAGGCUCUAGAAAAACAACGUGGGUUGUAACGUUUUGCUUUGAAAAUUGAGUUGUGGUAAAAGAAUUUGGACAAUUUGAACGUUUUCUGAUGGACAUCCUUUGUUAUUAGACUGUUUUCGGUAUCGUUCUGUUAUUUGGCUUGAACUGAAGAAGAUUUGACUGUGUUUGAACGCGUGAAAAUAAAACCGUUCGUUAUUCUGUGUGUACUUCAUGUAACAUUGCACAUAAUUGCAAAAUAUCGAAGGCGCUUGGGUUGGUCGUCAACUAAACAUUGAAACGAGGCCUA